UGUCAGAUGUUCAUGACAUUUUCGCAAUGAUUUUCAGAGAAUAUUUUAUAUUGACAUCAUUGCAUUUUCGUGUGUAUUUACAGAUAAGGAAUAGAUGCGAUAAAAAAUGAUGGCAGCUAAUAACAGGUACAUUGUUUGAGUGGAAAUAGGCAUUUGAUCUAUUUCGGUAAAAUUUUUUACAUAAUAAAAAGUUGAAUUACUUACAUAAUCAUCUUAACAAAAUCGGUCCAGUAUGAGCGAUUGUAGUAUUGUUUACUGGUGUUCGAGUCUUGAGAAGCACAUGUGCGGAUAUUGCAAGAAUGCAAGAGGAAAUGUUUCCCACGGAAUGUGGGCGAAAUCACUUACGGUAGAGGACUAUCAAAACCUGAUCGAUAGGGGUUGGAGGAGAUCUGGAAGUUAUUGUUAUAAACCACUAAUGAAUGCAACCUGUUGUCCAAUGUACACUAUCAAGUGUGAUACUCAAAACUUCCAAUUGUCCAAAUCCCAAAAGAAAGUCAUCAAGAACUUUAACAAGUUUUCAAAAGAUGGAGAACUGAAGAAAAGUGGCAGCCAACAGAAUUUUGAAGAGACAGCUGACAAUGUGUCCGAUUUUGUAUAUAGAGAAGCGCCCAGACAAAUCGUGGCACACGAGCAGCUUAUGGAUAGUGAUAUAGUAUUAGAAAACAGUGAAGUUGUCAGUUUAUCUGGUGGAUCCAAAGCAUCCAAAGUGCCACAUGAACCAAUUCCGAGUACCUCACAAAUUACAGAACAAAAUUCUGUGCAGUAUGAACGACUAAAACAACCAAAGAGUGGAGUAGGAGCAGAUCCUACAAAACCACCAUGUAAGAAAGCGAAAUUAGUCAGAAUGGAGCGUAAAAAAGAAAAACUUCUCAAGCGCGGUAUGAGUUUAGAAAAAAUUGAAGUGAGAAAUGAACAAAAGUCUUUAGAAGAAUUUCUAAAUGAAGUUUCCCAAGACGGGAAACAUAAAUUUAAGCUUGAAUUGAUACAUACUGGUAGCCGUUCCAAAGAGUGGGAAAAUUUGAAAAAAAUUGAAUUUGCACUGUACAAAAAAUAUCAAAUGGCUGUUCAUAAUGAUCCGCCUGAAAAAUGUAAAAUGGAAGGGUUUUUAAGGUUCUUAGUAAAUUCACCCCUGGAGCAUGUAAAAUUUUCAAAGGAUUCAGAGCUGGGUUUUGGAUCUUUCCAUCAACUGUAUUGGUUAGAUGAUAAACUUAUAGCUGUCGGAGUUAUUGACAUCUUGCCUAAAUGUGUCAGUGCUGUAUAUUUUUUCUAUGAUCCAGAUUACAGGGACCUGACGUUAGGAACAUAUGGAUCUCUGCGGGAAGUUGAAUUUGCUAGAAGUUUACAUCUAAAAAGACCAUCCAUACAGAAUUAUUAUAUGGGUUUUUAUAUACAUUCAUGUACUAAAAUGAGGUACAAAGGUAAACUAACGCCAUCGUUUCUUCUUUGCCCAGAAACUUACCAUUGGAUACCAAUUGAAAAAUGUUUACAGAAACUUGAAGUUAGUAAAUAUUCAAGGUUAGAUGAAGACCAAGCUGCCACAGAUGAAAAUGUUUGUUCUGGUAGUGAUCUCGAUGAAAUAAAAGUUAUAAAGAACAGAAAACUUAUACUAUUUAGACAAUUUAAACUGAAAUAUGGUGGACAAGAAUUAUUUAAUAUCAUUGGUCAAUUAGUUGGCCAAAAAUGUUCAAAGUCCUUAAUCUUUAUGGGCGACCACUUGUAAGCUUGAAUUAUUUUUUUUUUAUGAAACUAUUCCUUUAUUAAAAUAAAACUUGCUAUAGGUAAA